AUGAAUUAGUCUUGUGUUCUGAUUAUACUUGUAAUUGUUCAGAACCCAUUGACAAAAAAAAAAAAAAAAAACCCCAAAUUCAGAAUAGAAAUCCUAAUUUCACCCAAUCUCCUUCCCAUAGCUGCUGCCCCAUCCACCUCCGACCACCCUCGCGGCCACCGGCGACCACUCCGGUCUCCGGCCACCGCGUCUCUGCUCCAUCCAAGCUCUUAGGUCAUUUUUCUCUGCAAUUUUUUCGUUUUUCCACUCUGUUUCUGCGUCCUCUCACCUCUAACCAAAUUCUUCUCCUCAUUUGUUACAACUUACAAGUUACAACCUUCUGUUCCUUCUCCUUUCUCCUCUGUCACUGUUUUCUUAAAUCUCUGUUUUCUUUCCCCUUUUUAGUGCAAGUGGCAUUGGCACUCAACUUGACUACACUACAUUGGGAUUGGAUGAUUAGUUAUUUAGAUUAAAUUUUACUCUUUAGUUAGACUUUAUUUUUCAUGUCAAUUAAAACAUCAAGUCUUGAAUUUGUCAUCAUGUUUUGGUAAUUGGUAUGUAAUACUCUCAAUGAGAGUAUGAGACUUAAUAUCUAUCUAGUAUCUAAUAAUAUCCAUUGAACCUUUGUUAUAAUAUUUGCUAUUGUUUCUAUGAUGUUGAGCCUAUAUUUGAUGAUAUAAGUUGUUAUUAGUUAGCAGAAUUUUUUAUUUGUUGUAUUGUACAAUUGCAUUAUGCAGGUUUUUAAUGUGUGUAUGUAUAAUUGUGUAUAUAUAUAUAAAUAUAUAUAUAUAAUAGAUAUAUAUAUUUAUAAUUUUUUUAUUAAGGCUGCCGUGGCACCGCCGUGGCAUCCGCCAUAAUUAUAUGGCGGUAUUUUGGCUUUCCUCCAUGGACAGCCAUCCGUCAUUGAUAACACUGAUCUUUACAAGAGCCGGUUUGAUGGAAAGAACACCCUAACAAUUUUUGCACGAUCUGUGUGAUUUUAUUAUAUGUUUUUACUCCUUAUGGCUCUCCAUUUUUGUUUUUGGUCAUAAGAAGAGAGGAUAUUCUUUCUUUCUCUCUCUCAUUUAUGAAUCAUGUAACUCCCUCGCAAUCUGGUUUUAGCUCGCAUUUCACUAUAACUAAUUAUAAUAUUGAAUCCAAAGAACUCUAAACCCAUGUGCAAAUAUUCACUACCACUGCACCCCCUUCUCUUUUGUCAUUGGCUCAUUGCCAAUCUUCACUAGCCGUGUGGUGUUCUAAUCACAGUACUUGGCACAUCAGUUUUCGAAUUGCACUCGAUCUUCCACAAUCCUCACUAUUAUCAUUCAAGUUGUGAGUUAAGAAUAAUCUACUACUUUACAAUAGAGUGUUCUUUAAUCCACUAUUUUUUACCAUACAUACUUUUGCAAGAUAUAUAUACAUUGUUCAUUGUGCUAUUAAUCUAAAGGAUGUUUCAUUCCAUUUGGAAUUUGAAAUUACGCCUACCAUCUCUUUCAGCACUUUCUGUAUAGUGGAUGUGUGAGUAUUAUUUAAGGCCUAUUAUAGUAUACUAAUUUUGUUGCUACACUUUGUAAUGAUCUUCAUUUUUUUCAGUGUUGUUUCGAGGUGCAGGAAAAUUAACUUUAUAGCUUUUGCUUCUGAAAUGUGUGCUAGAAUUCCAAUAGUAUAGGAUAUGCCGAUUUAGCAAGACUUGAUCCUCAAAUCGGUGGUAAAAGAAAAUGCAGUGAAUACAGUUAUCUUAAGAUUACGAUUCAGAUCAUUCUUCUUGAUCAGUUUAGGGUUGGCUCAAUUGGCAGAAUUAAACAAGGUUGAGGAAAACUGUCUUGUGUUUCCUGCAGCAAUAAACCAUUGUUGUGGCUUGUGGUAUGCCCUGUGAUUUUGAAAUUGGCCAACCUCUUGUCCUCUGGUCAUCCUAAUCUUUCUGAUAAAAAAUAAAGUCUGUUUUACGGGUAAUGAAAUGGGGGAUGAUGAUUCUGUUAGUUUGGACAACUUCAGGGCUAAUUGGACUCCUUCGCAGGACCAAUAUUUUCUUGAGCUUAUGCUAUCCCAUGUUCACCGUGGGAACAAAACCGGGAAAGUAUUUUCUAGAAGAGCCUGGGCGGACAUGAUUGAACAAUUUAACACCACAUUUGGGUUGAAGUAUGAUAUAGAUGUGUUGAAGAAUAGGUUCAAACGAUUCAGGAAGCAGUACAUUGAGAUAAAAACGAUUAUUAGUCAAAAGGGAUUCCAGUGGGAUAAUGCUCUAAACAUGAUCGUAGCUGGUGAAAAAACAUGGGAUGAGUAUAUUAAGGACCACCCCAGUGCCCGAGCUUUCAGAACACGAGUUGUUCCAUAUUAUAAUGAUAUGUGCAUAAUUUAUGGCCAUGCAGUUGCUGAUGGGAGAUACAGCCUUUCAUGUUUUGAUGUAGAUUUUGAAUAUGAAGACAUUGCUUCAAAAGAGUUGGAUGACCAGACUACCCCCAGUAAAGGAGUGGAUGAUCAGACUCCCCCUACUGUUAUUAAUCAAAGUAAAAUUGACUGGUCUCCAAUGAUGGAUCAUUUUUUUGUCGAACUAAUGGUGGAUCAAGUACGUAAAGGGAACAAGAUUGGUCGCUCAUUCGAUAAGAAGGCUUGGGUAGACAUGACAGAGUCUUUUAAUGAUAGAUUUGAAUCUCAUUAUUGUAAGGUUGUCUUGAAAAACCGUUUAAAUGUCCUGAGAAGGCAUUACUGCUCUAUAAAUGCCCUCCUCGGAAAAGAAGGUUUUAGUUGGGAUAAAAGACAACAGAAGGUUGUGGCUGAUGACCAAGUUUGGCAGAAAUGCAUCAGGGUAAAUCACAACUUCCGGCUAUAUAGAAUCAAAAGCAUGCCUUUUUAUUCUGGCAUGUGUAUUAUAUGUCGCGAUGAAGCUACUGCGGGCUGCAGGUCAAAUCUUGAGAAGGAAUCUCCUAUUGGCGAGAAAUCUGUCCCAGACACUGAGCCUCUCCCUUACGCAGAUAAAGGAGCAUUGCAUAUAGGUGCUGAAAAUAAUUGUACCAGAGACACUCACCAUCUUGCUAAUGCAGAUAAAGGAGCAUUACAUAUAGGUGCUGAAAAUAAUUUUACCAGAGACAAUCAGCAUCUUGCUAAUGCAUAUAAAGAGGCACUGCAUAUAGGUGCUGAAACUAAUUGUACCAGAGACACUGAGCCUCUUGCUAAUGCAGAUAGAGAAGCACUGCAUAUAGGUAGUGAAAAGAACUCUCCCAGAGAAACUCAGCCUCGUGCUAAUGCAAAUAAUGAAGCAUUGCAUAUAGGUGGUGAAAAGAACUCUUCCAGAGAAACUCAGCCUCUUGCUAAUGCAGAUAAUGAUCCAUUGCUUUCACAUGGUGGAAAAAAUGCUUCUGGUCACAAGAAAAGGCAUGAACCUAAAAUGCCUCCAAUAUUAAAUGAGGCUAAGAAAGCAAGGAAAUAUGAUGAGAGCAUGGAUGCUGCUCUGAAACGUAUGGCAGCGGCAGUUAAAUCACAAAGCAAGAAAACUAAGAAAGAGGAUAACUUUUCUGUUGAUAAUGUUAUCAGCGUGCUACAGGCUAUGCCAGACUUGGAUGAGGAUCUAAUACUAGACGCGUGUGAUUUUUUGGAAGAUGAGAGAAGAGCAAGGAUGUUUCUGGCGUUGGAUGCUAAUUUGAGAAAGAAAUGGUUGCUGAGAAAGCUUCGUUCAUAAUGAUUGGUGAACCUUGGGGUUAUUUCAUUUGUAGUCAGGUUUUUAAAAUUCUGUUAAACUUCAAGCCAAGCAAACCAUGAUCUUAUAUAUAUUCAAGCUCUUGACAUAUUUGGAUGUAAAUUAGUUAUUCUUAUUAUGUUUGGCAAUUGAUGAGUGAAGCAUAGUUGAAGACUAA